UUAUAGUCGUUACCUCGUCAUGAGCUCCAGCGCCUUACCCACCAUUUCAUGCGUGAUUGAAGUAUGUUGACCAUGCCAAACUUCAACGUUCCCACGUGCCGUGUUCGCCGUCAAUUGGGCAGCUGUUUGUUAAUUGGCAGCCGAUGUUCCAUAGCCCUUUUGGCCUCAGGCUGGCCUUCCGGGGCUGUAGCCAGCGCCUGUCGUCAUGGCGGCGGCCACGGAAGAGGGACCCCUCGCCAGUCGGCAGCAGCCUCGGCUGGCGCAGAUGCUCCAGGGCCCAUGGUCUUCGCGGUGGAGGCGGCAGCUUGGGACAGGUGCUCUGCUCGCCACGGCUGGGAGCCGCGGCACGCGACGCCACCAGGCGCUGGGGCCGAGGGGCACAGGCAGGCCCAGUGCUCCGCGUGCAGCCGCGGGGCUGCCGCCGAGGCUGGCCUCUGCUGCGGCUGCCUGCUGCUGCGGGAGGCCCGCGGCUGCCCCUUUGACGCCCUGGACGCGCCCGCGGCGCGCUGGCUGCGCCUGGCGGACCUGUGCAGCACGUGGCCCGCCACGGGCUCUCCGCCGUCGGGGCCCUCUGUGCAGCCCGCGGCGCCCGACGGCCCCGGCCCAGGCUACCUCUCCUUCUCGGGCCCCGUGGUCGUGUUCUGGGACGGCCGCGACGCGGCGGCGAAGAGGUUCGUCGACACCCUCAGGCGGGCCUUCCCAGGGCUUUGCCUGCUCAUCGACGCUCGGGAGCACCGGUGUCGCGAGGAAGCCCUCACGCGGUUCCCAGGGGUACCCCGCGACCAGGUUUGCCGCAAGGGCGGGGUCACGGGGGUGCUUCCGCCGGGCGUCUUCGUGCCCAACUGCGAGACACACCCGCAGAUCCUGCUCUACGAGCUGAAGUACCGUCGCUCGGUGCAGCCGCCGCCGCCUGAGGUGGUGAUCUCGUAUGAGCGCCAUUUCAUGUGCCCUUUGGCGCAGGUUCGCCGCGAGCACCAAGCCUCAGGCAAUCCCUCGCACUGGUUCCUCCGCGACGACGCGCUGCGGCUUGUUGCGAGGUCGAUGGCGCAGCAUAGGUUCUGCAUCCUAGACGGCUUCCUGCCCGACAAUGACGCCCGGGACCUGGAGCAGAGCUUGCGCGGUUUCCGCACGGAGGGCCUCUUGACGCCUGGCACCGAGUAUUACAAGCUGCGGGCGAAGCAGGGCGCAAAAGCCGACAUGCCCGAUUUGCUCAGCAGCCCGACGCAGCCGCGCAAGUGGAACAUGCGUACGGAGAGCCUGAUCUAUUGCGACGACGGCGAUCCACGCGCACCCGUGCUCGGCCGAUUGGGCGCGGCCACGGAUGGGCUCGUGGCUGCGCUGAGGCGUGGAGGGCCCGACGGCGACUACGAGUGCAGGAGACGAUUGCAGCAUGCCCUCUUCCGAGAGCCCCACCUGUGCGCCUGCUACCCCGGGGAGUGCCGUGGGCGGCAUGCGCGGCACAUUGACAAUGACAGCCCAUGGUUGCACCGCACACUCACCGCAAUCAUCUACCUCAACAGCGGGUGGGGCCGUGAACACGGGGGUGAGUUCCGCCUCUUCGACAGGGGCAGGAGCGGCACGCAGGUGGCGUUCGACGUGUUGCCGGUCGCCAACCGGAUGGUUCUUUUCUGGGCGACGGAGGAUUGUCCGCACGAAGUCUUGCAUUGUAACCAGGACCGCUUCGCGAUCUCUCUGAUCUAUGUAGACGGUCGCGCGUCGAUCUUGAACCCCGACAGCCAAGCGCGACUGAGGGUGCUCCAUGAGCUCAUCCCUACCAGACCGUAUUGCCGCGAAGAGGCGUUGCGCCAGUGCACCCGCACCAGCCAGGAGGCCCAGGCGCUGAUCGCCCAGGCCCGUGUCGUCGGCGCCGCCGUGGCCGCUGAAGUUCGCUGAGUGCGGUAUCUCCACGUCUGGCGGAGCCGCUGGCGGCGGAGCCUUCGCAGUCUUGCAUUGCCCACAAUGUUGGCACGCCUGGGAGGAUUUUGAGCACGAAGCGGAGAGCUGUCAGAGUGCACAAAAGGCAUGCGGUGCAGUGGAGAAGAGGCCGUCGCAGUAGAGGUCGCAGGAGCAGGUGUGGGCAAGACCACUGCACG